GCUGGGCUCCGAGGGGGCGGGGGCUGGAGGAAGCGGAAAGCCGCGCCGAGCCGCCGGGGACCUCGGUGAACCAUGUUGAGCCCUGCCAACGGGGAGCAGGUCCACCUGGUGAACUAUGUGGAGGACUACCUGGACUCCAUCGAGUCUCUGCCUUUCGACCUGCAGAGAAACGUCUCGCUGAUGCGGGAGAUCGACGCGAAAUACCAAGAAAUCCUGAAGGAGCUAGAUGAGUAUUAUGAGAAGUUUAAGCGCGAGACGGAUGGCGUCCAGAAGAGGAGAGUGUUGCACUGCAUCCAGAGAGCCUUGAUCCGGAGCCAGGAGCUGGGCGACGAGAAGAUCCAGAUCGUGAGUCAGAUGGUGGAGCUGGUGGAGAACCGGGCCAGGCAGGUGGACAGUCACGUGGAGCUCUUUGAGGCACACCAAGAGGUCAGUGACAGCACUGGCCACGGCGGCAAAGCUGGCCAGGAUAAGUCCAAGAAUGAGACAGUCCCGCAGGCGGAAAAGCCCAAUAACAAGAGGUCUCGGCGGCAGCGCAACAAUGAGAACCGAGAGAACGCGGCUAAUAACCAUGACCACGAUGACAUCACGUCAGGAACGCCGAAGGAGAAGAGGGCCAAGGCCUCCAAGAAGAAGAAACGCUCCAAGGCCAAAGCCGAGAGGGAAGCGUCCCCCGCAGACCUCCCCAUCGACCCCAACGAGCCGACGUACUGUCUGUGCAAUCAGGUCUCCUAUGGAGAGAUGAUAGGCUGCGACAACGACGAGUGCCCCAUUGAGUGGUUCCACUUCUCCUGCGUCGGACUGAACCAUAAACCAAAGGGCAAGUGGUACUGUCCCAAAUGUCGAGGGGAGAACGAGAAGACCAUGGACAAAGCGCUGGAGAAAUCCAAAAAGGAGAGGGCUUACAACAGGUAGUCGGCGGACCUGCCGAGCCGGGAGGAGAAGGUGAUCGGGCCGUGUAUUUAUUACCUCCCCACCUUGGGGGAGGCGCCAGGACUGCACAGUGUCUAUUUUUAAAGAAUGUUAGCAAAGGAGCCAUUCCCUUGGUCGAGUGGCGCUGAUUGUCUGCCUUUUUUUGUUGUCAUUGGUACACAUGUGUAAUGAGAAGGUGGUCUGUGGAUCAACAUUUUAGAAACUACAAAUAUAGGUUUGAAUUAAACACCCCAGCAGAGUCUUGGACUGAUGGGUUUGAUUUGGUUUGGUUUUGGCUCAGGGCCGGGGGUGUUUUUGUGUGGGGGGCGGGUAGUGACGUGGAAGCAACCUAACACAUUAAAUGUGGGGGGAAAAAAAGAUUUCAUUUAGCAAUUUUAUUUUAAUGAAAAUGUUAACUUCAUGAACAAAUUUUUAAAAAAUUAGCCAAGUUGCUAAAAAUACAUAUAGCCCAUAGCAAACUUAUUUCUUACUAUAAUAAUGUAUAUCCAUAUGACAAGUCAAUAAAAAGGUUUUAAGUUUGAAGAUUA